AUGAUUGUGACCAAACAAAGUCUUAUGUGCUCUCACUUUGGGAGUGGCUAUAAGGCAGCAGGGUACACUAUCAAUGCAAUAUUCUUCAAAUCCAAGGUUCGAUUCGUUUCCAUUUUCCGCCAUCUCUUACAACUUUUGCUUGUCAGGUCACUGCUCUAUUUCCUAAGAUAUACGGUGAUUCAGCUUAUAAUGACUCUCAUUUGUAUGUCUGCUGCAAAAUGGAUCACACCUCCAUUAAUCAUUGCACGGAAUGAAACAAGACAUCGUGGGGACCCUGUUACCAGUCAAUCAGUGGAGGCUAACACCGCCAUCCCAUCCAAUUAAACAGUCUCACAUCAUCGAUUUUAGGAACAGAUGACACUUCAAAAUAGGGCAGGAGGUUGAAACUCAGAACCCAGGUUGCGAGCUUGUUAAAUGUUGCCUUUUUCACCAGUAGCAGCCCUUCAAUUUGGUUAUAAACAUAGUUGUUACACCAAUGUUAUGGGUGGCUAGAGGUAUUAAAAGAACAGUAGUACACGAAACUCCGGUUACUAUGGGUCUAGAGAGCAUCAAAAUAUAUAUAGUUUUAUUGUGGAGAUCACUAUUUUUUAAUACUUGAACUAGUGGUUAUGGGGUCUACUAUUUGUUAAUACUUGA